CUCUCUCUCACUUUCACUCUUUCUCACUCAGUCACCGACUGGUUCUGGUGAGCGGAGUUAGGUAGAACUCAGUGACGCUGUAGCUGAGGUCAUCAGUUUGGUCUAUCUUCCUCCUACACCACAACAGAACUGACAGAAAAGCAUCCACACAAGUAGAUCUCAGAGCUAACCCCUGACCUAUAAGAGAUGGAUGGAUGGAAGGAGCCUGUAAGGUCCUCUGUAGGGGCCAUGAUGUCCAAAGACAAUGGCAGCACCACCACAACAUCACCUCUGGUCAACCAGUCCUGUGAGGAGCUGAAGCGCUAUAUGGUCCUGAUCGAGGUGGAGAAGAGAGCCAUCGGCUCCAUCUGUUUCCUGGCCGGACCCUUCACUUUCCUGGAGAAUGUGUUGGUCCUGGGUGUGAUCGCCGCCACCGCCACCCUGCGCCAGCGCCCCUCCUACCUCUUCAUCGGCAGCCUGGCCCUGGCCGACGUCUUUGCCAGCUGCUUCUUCACCGCAAGCUUCCUGGACUUCCACCUGUUCCACCGCUGUGACGGCCCCAUCGCCUACCUCUUCAAGCUGGGUGGGGUGACGAUGGCUUUCACCGGCUCGGUGGGUAGUCUUCUGCUGACUGCUCUAGACCGCUAUCUGUGUAUACAUCAGGCGUCGAGGUAUAAAGUGGUGUUGACGCGCCGCAGGGCCCUGUUGGCUCUCCUGGCCCUGUGGAGCGCCACCAUCCUCAUCUCUUUCCUCCCUCUGAUGGGCUGGAGGUGCCCCACAGGGCUCAGCCCGCCCUGCUCGCUCCUCUUCCCAUACAUCGACCACCGCUACCUGGCCUGCUGGGUCGUCUUCAUCCUGGUGCUGCUGUCACUCAUCCUGGGCGCCUACGCCCUGAUCCUGUGGAGGGCCAAUCGGCAUGAGGCCUCCAUGACGGGCCUCCAGGGGGCGCCUACCGGUGGUCAGGCCCGCAUGCGGAUGGACAUCCGGUUGGCACGUACCCUGGGCCUGAUUCUGCUCAUCAUGGUGGGCUGCUGGCUGCCAACCCUCUCCUUCAUGCUGGCAGACGUCUCGGUGCAGCUCACACACGCCCAGCAGAGGGCCUUUGCUUUCUGCAGCACCAUGUGCCUGGUCAACUCAGCCGUCAACCCACUGCUGUAUGCCCUGCGCUGCCGGGAGCUGAGGGUGGCAUUGAUGCGGCUAUUGGGAGGCCUGAGUGAGAGGCUGGGGUGCUGCCAGAGGCACGUAGGGGGAGAUACAACCUCUGCACUUCCCUUAAGCAAGGGCAACAGCUGUAGCGCACACUCCGAGGGUGAGGCGCCCAGACUCACUAGCUGCCUACAGAACACAGUCUCAGAAAUGGUGGACAAGCAGCAGCUGGAUAUUACUGGGAAAUAAGAAGGGAGGAGAGGCUUACUGUAUAUCAGGGUUAUAGCAGUGGAGUGUUGUGAACUUGUGUUUAUUCUGUUGUGUUCAUAGCGAUAAGGAGGUAAUGUCUCUCAAAUGAACUGGGAUAACAGGGACCAAAACAAAGAUAUCGACCAUGUUAGCAUAAAUUGGGUUGACCCACCUACGAGCCAAGUCACUCAGAGAUAAUAUUAUUUCAUAAUUUGUCCAAGGGACAUGAUAGAUUUUUUUUAUUUUUACAAACCAGUAGAAAUUAGGGGAAUUAUCCCAAAUUAACACCUUUGGGAAAACAACAGCAAGGUUGGUGUUGGCAGUGUAAAGGUAGAUAGCUAUGUGUAUCCUAUGCUUGUUUUCGCUUGAGUGUUUGUCCUUUAGCGUCCAGAAGAGGAUCCUGUCGGGUUCCCAUCUGCACAUAAAUAUCUGUCCUGAACAGAGGCCCUGUGGAUUGUAAACAAUGUCCUCCACAUGUGACUGCAAGCAGUGUCGAGAUCAGGGGCGUAGGCAAGGAUGGGGUGGGUCCACUCAGAAAAAAAAGUGGUCCACUCAGAUUUUGUAUUAUUUAUAA